GGGGCCGGGGCGGGGCCGCGGAGCCGAUUAAGCGGCGGGAGCCGGGGCGGCCGCAGCGCGAUCGCAUCGUCCCCGCGGGGCAGCACCGGACACGGGACACGGGACACCGGGCACCGACACCGAGCACCCAGCACCGGGCUCUGAACACCGGACACUGAACACCGGACACUGAACACCGGACACCGGCUGUCGGCACUGGGCACCGAACACCAGGCACAGGCUAUCGCCACCGGACAACGGGCACCGGGCACAACCACUGGCACCGGGCACCGGGCACCGAUACAGACUCAGACACCGGCUCCGGCUCCUGCGCGCCCGGCGCGGCCCGGUCCGCUCCAGGAACAAUGGCAGAGCCAUUCCUCGUGGAGAGCCCCAACGUCACCUACAGCAAGGACUUCAUCGAGGCCAAGUACACCUACAGCACCGUGCACGUCUGCAAGGAGAACGGCGUCACCAAGGUGCGGCCGUGCUCCACCCGCUUCACCUUCCGCACGGGCCGGCAGGUGCCGCGCCUGGGGGUGAUGCUGGUGGGCUGGGGGGGCAACAACGGCACCACGGUGACAGCGGCCGUGCUGGCCAACAGGCUGGGGCUGUCCUGGAUGACCAAGACGGGGCGAAAGACAGCCAACUACUACGGCUCCCUGCUCCAAGCCUCCACCGUGUGCCUGGGCACCGGCCCCUCCGGUGAUGUCUACGUGCCCUUCCGGGACCUGCUGCCCAUGGUGCACCCCAACGACAUCGUCUUCGACGGCUGGGACAUCUCCUCGCUGAACCUGGCGGAGGCCAUGAGGCGGGCGGAGGUGCUGGAGUGGCCGCUGCAGGAGCAGCUCUGGCCGCACAUGGAGAAGAUGAAGCCGCGAGCUUCCAUCUACAUCCCCGAGUUCAUCGCCGCCAACCAGGAGGAGCGGGCGGACAACGUCCUGCGAGGCUCCAUGGCCGAGCAGGUGGAGCAGAUCCGCCGGGACAUCCGAGACUUCAAGGAGAGCAGCGGGGUGGACAAAGUCAUCGUCCUGUGGACGGCCAACACGGAGAGGUUCUGUGACAUCGUGCCGGGGCUCAACGACACCGCCGACAACCUGCUGAGGGCCAUCGAGCGAGGUCUGGAGGUGUCGCCGUCCACGCUCUUCGCCGUGGCCAGCAUCCUGGAGGGCUGUGCCUACAUCAACGGCUCCCCCCAGAACACCUUCGUGCCGGGGGCGGUGGAAUUGGCCGCCCAGCGCCGCGUCUUCAUCGGCGGCGACGACUUCAAGUCGGGGCAGACCAAGCUCAAGUCGGUGCUGGUGGAUUUCCUGGUGGGCGCCGGGCUCAAGACCAAGUCCAUCGUGAGCUACAACCACCUGGGGAACAACGACGGGAAGAACCUGUCUGCGCCGCAGCAGUUCCGCUCCAAGGAGAUCUCCAAGAGCAACGUGGUGGACGACACGGUCCAGGCCAACCCCGUCCUCUACGGCCCCCAGGACAAGCCUGACCACUGCGUGGUGAUCAAGUACGUGCCCUACGUGGGGGACAGCAAGCGGGCGCUGGAUGAGUACACGUCCGAGAUCAUGAUGGGUGGCACCAACACCAUCGUCAUCCACAACACCUGCGAGGACUCGCUGCUGGCCAGCCCCAUCAUCCUGGACCUGGCCAUCCUGACGGAGCUGUGCCAGCGCAUCACCUUCUGCACCGAGGCCGACCCCGAGUUCCAGGGCUUCCACAGCGUCCUGUCCAUCCUGGCCUUCCUCUGCAAGGCCCCCCUGGUGCCCGAGGGCACCCCCGUGGUCAACGCGCUCUUCCGCCAGCGCAGCUGCAUCGAGAACAUCCUGAGGUACCCGGGGGACCCCGUCCUCGUGGCCACCAAGUGCCACCACGCCGGUGCCCGCGGUGGCACCCGAAGGCUUGCAGGGUGGUCCCAGUGUGGGAUACUCAGGGUGCCAGGGGGUCCCAGUGCCCACCGUGGGGGUGUCCAAAUCCAGGGGGUCCUGGAGCCCAAGGCCUGGUGGGUGGGUCCCAGUGUCACCAGUGGGUUCCAGUCUGUGCUGGUGAUGGUCCCAGUGCCCAGAGAUGCCCAGGAACAAGGUCCCAGCAAGGAUGGGUCCCCAUUUCCCAGUCACGGGGUGCCCAAGGGGGACUGGGGUGUCCCAGCACACAGACCCUGGCACCCAGUGGGUCCCAGUGCCUGAUGCCCGAGGGGGUGCCCAAAGCAACUGGAUCCCGGUGCCCAGCACCAGUGGCUCCCAGUAACCAAUACUUGGGGUUCCCAGUACCAGUGGUCCCCAAAUCUUUGGGGUUCCUAACUCCAGUGGGUCCCAAAGCUCGUGGAUCUGAGCACCAGUGGGUCCCUGCUCCCAGGGGGUGCUCCCAGUACCUGGCGUGCCCCAUUCCAGCUGCUCCCAGUGCCCAGCACCUGGAGGUGCCACACUUUGGUGUCCCCCAGUUCCCAAAGCUCAUCACCCAGUGCCUGAACACCCACCCCACU